AAGUUGUCAAUCCCACUCAGAUACAAACAGAGCAGCCCAUUUUUUUCCUCCCUCCCUCAAUACGUGCACGUGAAACCCCAAUAAUUUCUCAUGCACUGGUGGGUCCUAAAGCCAGCCAUUUCUAUCUUGUUCUCAACCCAAACUCCAACUCCCAAGACUGUGUCCACAAAACUACCCCCCUCCCCUUGUUUCUCUAUCCCUCUCGCUGUUCUUGCUCUCUCCUAGCUAAUUCCGUUCUGAUAUCUGCAAGCGCAUUUGUUAUAUAUCUUUCUUCAGUUAAUUCCCUUAACAAUGGUGGAUGCAAUGCCUCGUUUCCCUUUUAUGCUUUCUCUUCUUUUUCUUUACCUCAGCAUUGCAAAUGGGGUCCACUGUUAUGAAGCGAAGAAGGUCCUCAGCCUGCAAAGUUUUCAAUGGAAACAGCAAAGUGGUACACCGAGUUGCUUCUCCCGGAAAUCAAGGAGGGAGAAUGGUGCAACUAUAUUGGAAAUGAAACACCGAGACUACUGCUCAGGAAAGAUCAUCGACUGGAAUGAGAAGCAACAAAAACGUUUGAUAUUGGAUAAUUCUCAUGUCCAGUUACUGCAAUCCCGGUUACGAAACAAAGCCGCGUCCGGUGGUGUCGAAGAUGCGUCCAAAGCUCAAAUCCCAUUAACUUCUGGGAUAAAACUUGAGACACUAAACUAUAUCGUAACUAUCGGGUUGGGAGAGCGAAAUAUGACAGUUAUUGUGGACACGGGAAGCGAUUUGACGUGGGUUCAAUGCCAGCCUUGCAAUUCAUGUUACAAUCAAAAAGAACCUCUCUUCAACCCUUCGGCAUCCUCUUCAUACCAAUCAAUUUUGUGCAAUUCACCAGCAUGUCGGUCGAUUCAAUCUGGUUCUUGGAAUUCACCCGUGUGUGGAAGCAACCAAACUUCUUCAUGUAACUAUGUCGUUAACUAUGGAGAUGGGUCCUACAGUAAGGGCGAGCUAGCUCGUGACCACCUUAACCUCGGAGCAACUCCUGUGAAUGAUUUUCUAUUCGGCUGUGGUCGGAACAAUAAAGGUCUUUUUGGAGGAGCUUCAGGUCUCAUGGGGCUGGGAAGGAGCGAUGUCUCAAUCAUCUCUCAAAGUUCUGCCUUAUUUGGAGGAGUUUUCUCCUACUGUUUACCUUCCACUGAAGCUGAUGGGGCUUCUGGCUCAUUGGUUAUGGGUGGAGAUUCUUCGGUAUUCAAGAAUUCCACUCCCAUUUCUUACACCAGAAUGGUUCAAAAUCCGCAGUUGUCCAACUUCUAUUUUCUUAACCUUACUGGCAUAAGCAUCGGUGGGGUGGCUGUACAAGCUCCAAGUCUCGCUCGUGGCGGAAUUCUGAUCGAUUCUGGGACUGUUAUUUCAAGGCUUGCUCCAUCAGUUUACCAGGCUGUGAAAGCGGAGUUUCUGAAACAAUUCUCUGGGUUUCCUCCAGCACCAGGAUUUUCUAUCUUGGACACUUGCUUCAACCUCAGUGGAUAUUCGGAAGUGAAUAUUCCUACAUUAAAAUUUCACUUGGAGGGUAAUGCUGAGCUGAAUGUGGAUGUAACAGGCAUCCUUUAUGUCGUAAAAACUGAUGCAUCUCAGGUUUGUUUGGCUCUUGCAAGUCUCUCCUAUGAAGAUGAGAUUGGUAUUGUUGGCAACUAUCAACAGAAGAACCAAAGGGUUGUAUAUGAUACUAAACAGUCCGUGCUGGGAUUUGCAGGAGAAACUUGCAGUUUCAUAUGAACAGGCCGAGAUAAUGAUAAAAACAGGUGAAUUGAUGUGAAUACAAUUCUUCCAAGCUAUUUAUCAUUAAUGGCAAUAAAAUUUAGCAGUAAUUAAUAUA